ACCACCCUCGGCGGGCGGCGCUAAUAACCGGCAGGCCGCGAGGCACCAAUCUCGAAAAGAAUAGUGUAGAGGAACGCCAUUUGCGGGCGCGCAGCACACAACACAACACACCCCCACGCGGAGAAGAGAAGCGGAGCUCCGUAUCGUUCGGCCUUCCUUCCGUUCAGCGCGAGAGGCAAGGGCACCCACCCCCCAUAACGCGCGAGAUCCCCCUUCCUCCCCCCCCUUCCUUCUCGCUCCCUCUCGAUCCGCCCCGCCGGAUCCCGCGCCCCCCCGCCCGCCGACGACCUAACAUCGCCGCCCGCGCGCCCGGAGGAAGGGAAAAGAGGUCGCGAGAUGGCCCCCGUCUCGGCGCUCGCCAAGUACAAGCUGGUGUUCCUCGGCGACCAGUCCGUCGGCAAGACCAGCAUCAUCACCCGCUUCAUGUACGACAAGUUCGACAACACCUACCAGGCUACAAUUGGUAUUGACUUCCUGUCAAAGACAAUGUACCUUGAAGAUAGGACUGUCAGGCUCCAACUCUGGGAUACAGCUGGUCAGGAAAGAUUCAGAAGUUUGAUUCCAAGCUAUAUCAGAGACUCUUCCGUUGCUGUCAUCGUAUAUGAUGUUGCGAGCAGACAGUCUUUCCUAAACACUUCGAAAUGGAUAGAGGAAGUCAGAACCGAGAGGGGCAGUGAUGUUAUCAUUGUGCUGGUUGGGAACAAAACUGAUCUUGUUGACAAGAGGCAAGUCUCCAUUGAGGAAGGGGAGGGCAAGGCAAAAGAUCUCGGUGUGAUGUUCAUCGAAACCAGUGCUAAAGCCGGUUUUAACAUUAAGGCGCUAUUCCGUAAGAUCGCCGCUGCACUUCCUGGAAUGGAGACCCUGUCAUCAGCAAAGCAGGAAGACAUGGUUGAUGUGAACUUGAAGUCGAGCAACGCCAACUCAUCCCAGUCCCAGGCACAGGCUGCGGGAUGCAGUUGUUAGCUUCAGUCCCCUAACACUUACUGCUUCGUGGUCUCAAGACCCCCCCUGCCUGUCACCAAAGCAUCACUUCUGGGUUGUCUGAGGGGGAGGAGAGUCAGACUAUCUCAUGCCAGUGAAUCCAUCCGAUCCGAGUCUUGAUUCGGUUGAACGAACCAUUUGCAUUGGAAAGAUAACGUUUUAUGAGUUUCUACCAUUUUCUCAGUGGCCUAAAGCUAGCAGUGUAUAGUUGGGUUGGCACUGUGAACUUCUAUUUCUUGAGCUGAAUAUUUAGAAGCUAGUGAUUGUUUUAAGUCUGUCCUAUAUAUUUUCAUCUCCCAUCUUGUUGCAGUUAGCCUCAGUAAUGUUUUCUAUGGUGUACCGAACAUAUAUUGGAAUUUUUGUAAGCUUACAAUAAUGUCUACAUGGCAGUAGCCAUAUAUUAUCCCAGUUAUUUGACCAU